UCCGCCGCAUCGACCCACAACACUACAACCCUUCAUCCAAAUCCGACCGAAUCGGCCUUUCCUCCUCCUCCUCCUCCGCCUCCUGAUCCUGGGAUCCGCCAUGGAAAUCGAGGUCAAGCUCCGCCUCCUCACCGCCGCAGCCCAUCUCCGCCUCACCACCAUCCUCGCUCCCUUUCACCUCAAAACCCUCCAUCAACGCAACCUCUUCUUCGACACUCCUCGCAACGAUCUCUCCACUCGCCGCGCCGUCCUCCGCCUCCGUUUCUUCCAGAACGGUGUCACGGCGGCGUCGGCGACUGAUCCGCCGCGUUGUGUCGUAUCCCUGAAGGCGAAACCAACGCUGGUUAAUGGGAUCAGCCGGGUCGAAGAAGAUGAAGAGGAGAUCGACCAUGGCUUAGCGAAAGAAUGCGUGGAUUCGCCGUCGAAGCUUUCUUCUCUGGAAUCUAGGGUUCUGAAAAGGGUGAGAGAAGAAUUUGGGCUUAAUGAUUUUCUAGGGUUUGUUUGUUUGGGUGGGUUCGAUAACGUUAGAUCAGUGUACGAAUGGAGAGGUGUGAAACUUGAGGUUGAUGAGACGAAGUACGAGUUUGGGAAUUGCUAUGAGAUUGAAUGCGAAACUGGAGAACCAGAGAGAGUCAAGACGAUGAUCGAAGACUUACUUAGAGAGAACGACGUUGAAUUCUCCGAUUCAAACAUGACAAAGUUUGCUGUUUUCCGGUCGGGGAAGCUUCCUUAACCCGGAUGAUAUGUCUAUGUAAUGUUUAUUUGGUAAAGAGAUCGGCUGAGGCAAAGGAUUAGGGUCAGUGCAGUGCAGACAUUUUGUUUACGUAAUAUUUCGCUAGUCAGUAGAUGGAUCGAGGCAAAGGAGGCUCAAGACAAAAAGGGUAUCUUCUAACAAACCUGUCCUUUUUGUUGCAAUUUAUUGAAAUCCCGUAUUCGGGAAUCGGGAUUGAUCUCUGCUUGAUCAAUUCAGGCAAUAUGUUUAGCGAGUCAGUAGAUGGAUUGAGGCUAAAGGUAAGAGUCGGUGCAGAUGAUUUUGUCUGUGUAUUGUUUCGCUUGUCUAUAGAUGGGUCUGGUACUCUGGUGAUGGUUGUUCAUUAUGUAUUUGAAUUUGAAGAGGUAUCUAUCUGGCUUUGAAAUAUUUCGUAUUUAAACUAAAUUGUUUCCCUUUCUGCAAGUAUUUGGCGUUAAAGUAUAUCACAAGGUUGUUCGGGUUGGACUGUUUCUUUCAUACGAUAGUUCACUAGCAAGAUUGCUCGAGGCAAUGGAUCGGAUCAGGACAGUUCUAUGCAGUUAUUGCUUGUUAAUCUGUUUGCUAGUUGUAAUGGAAACCAUGUUUUUGCCUCAUCCUACGUACUUGUUCUACGAUCCUACUGCUGCAUUUACAUGACCUCUAGGAUUGGAUUCUGAAUAGCUUAUGAUAGAAAUACCGAGUUUUAAUUCUUGUAUCAACUUGUGCAUAAUGUAGCGAUAAACACCAUAACUGGUAGAUGCAUUUCUUUCUUGUUCUUUGGUCUAAAUGCAAUGGGAGAUUUGUAAGUAUAGCAUUUUUGUUGUUGAACUUUCCCUGGAAAAAUUAAUAUGCGCAUGAGCAUUCUUGCACUUUUUCUUAUGGAAGCAAAGAGAGUUGGAACAUUCUUUGCUAUGCCUAAACCCUUUUAAAACCCUAUCCAUCCGUACUGCUUGCUGAAGUGUUUCUUGUUAUGGAUAUAUGCUUACGAGAAGAUUCUGCAACGAAUUUGCUAUCCUAACUUGUAUAAGUAGAGAUUAAUAAUGGGUUUAUAAGAUCAGGGGUCCAUAAGUUUCUUUCUUUUCGUAUGAUUUAACUAACUCUAAUGCCCGUU